AUGGGGAGCCCUGCAAACUCGAGGGAAAUAUUCACUCUCGCCUCGGAAUGCAGUGCACUCUUCCAGAGAUACACCCGUACAGACCGAGAACUGCUGAAGGCUCCGCCAAAGGCUCACCGAGAUGUCGCUUCGUUAUCGAGGGAUUUCGAGGCAUGGUGCUUCAAUCUCGGCGUUUUCGCCGUCCCAACCGCCUCCCUUGAUCAAACGCUUCGAUAUAGCGAUGAGAUCCGAGGUUUUGUGACCCAGCUAUUAUCUAUACUUCACAGAAACUUGGAUUUUAUCAUAAUUCACGACCCCCCAGAGAAUCCACCAAAAUCUACAUCACGACCAAGCCAGAAGAAUGAUGACGCCGUGGAGAAGCUUCAGGGUUCAGCUGAGGAAGCGCUAAGAGCAAUCUCGGCUGUGCUCCAAAGACUCGAUCGGCUGGGCACAACCAUUCGGAAGUACUCGGCUUCAAGUCUCAGCAGCAGAGUGAAAGCUUUCGCUGAACAGGACAACGACGAGGAGUACAGGCUUCUUGCUAAGAGCAUUGUAACCUUCAAAUAUCCCACGGCUCCGUCGUCGCUUCACACUCAGCUCGCGGGAUCCAUGGCUUAUCGCCGCCUGAGACUGAGAUACAUCAGACAGCAUCAGCUGAAGACUGCUCCCAAGGACCGGCGAGACGCGAACAAGCGAGGUCACAGCGAGCGAAGCCUUUCCAAUCCAAAGCCAACGAACAUUAGACUGAAGCAACCUGCGCCAAAGGACCGAGCAGCUGCCCUCCGCAACCAAGCAGUCUAUCGACCUAAAGGGAACAUUUCCUCAAAAGAUGCUGAGACAACUCCAAGUACGACCGCCUGGACCGUAAGGCCGACAAGUUCCGCCAUUGAACGCGUGAGACGUGAUGAUAGCAAAUCAGUCAUUUCCUCUUCAAAGGCAAGCACUACACGCAUGGUUGGGCACUUGGAUGACUAUCCGGACCCUCCCACCCAUGACCAAUGGAGCCAGGAUCCCGAGUGUCCUACUUGCUGGAGACAACUCAUGGAAGCAGAGUUGAAAGGCAAGAAAUGGAGGCGCCACGUUGACACAGACUGCGAACCCUACGUCUGCAUCUCGGAGGAUUGCAAGCAGCCACUGCAGUUCUUUUCUGAUUUGACCCUCUGGGAGAACCAUAUGCGUAAUCGACAUUCCUCAAAGUGGACGCAGUUGAUUCACAAACCCACUGUCUGGAUUUGCGACGUCGACCACGACGAUGAGGUGUUUCGAGAUCAUGACAGCUUCCAGGCGCAUCUCCGUCAAGAGCACGCCGAUAUGAACGAAUCCGACCGCAAAGCUGUUUCCACGCUCUGUGAAACAGCUGUGACGAGACCCAAACACACAUGCCCUCUCUGCGGUUAUGACCUUUCUCUCCAACAAGAGAACCACCCAGAGCCUGCUUCGAAUACGCCACAGGAGAAGGAUAUGGAUCAGCUUGCCAAGUUGGCCAAUCACAUCGGUGGGCAUAUUCGCUGUCUGGCCUUCGACACGUUGGAUCACCUCGCUAGCGACCAUGAGAGCGUGUCCGAACCAGGCACUGACACCACAAGCGGCAAGGCAAGAAGUAGAUCUCGUCCACUAAGCGAACUCAAGGAUCUUGACGACAUUUCUUCUGGCUUUCCAGAUGACGAUGACCCCAGAUCUGUCUCGACCUUUGAUGAACUCAAGACACGUCAAGAGGGAGACUUUACCCUUGAUGAUGACACAUCGCUCCAGAUCGUUUCUAUUCUACCCGAAUUUGAGGAAGAUUGGGAGGGCAUCCGCGAGACAAGACCUGAUGAGGAGGAUACAAUCUUACACAACAUGAUGGCCUACUCGCUUUGGGACCGAGCCUAUGAUAACCUUAAGAAGGCAGAGCCACUACUAGUAGAGAAUUACGAGAUAAUACUCUCUAAGGAACUGGUCAAAGAUGCCGAAAGAGACUCGAAACUGAGUGUCAAUCAGUUCCGUGGUGUCGAUAUUCAUGCCCGCCGAGCGCUCCUGGAUGAGAUCCUGGGCAAAUUGCUGGAUCGACUUCAUGACAAGGGUCAAACCGAACAAGCCAUCGUGCGGAUGCUAGACUGGAUCCCGAAAUCUGUCAGCAAAUUGCCCAAAGCCUCCCUGCCAAUGGUUGGCCUUUGCCUUAUCAUGACCAUCCUGGCAGAUUUCGGAGUCAAAGAAGAGUUCGACUUAACAAGAUUCGUGAAGAUCACUUCUAAACUUCCUGAUUGCUUCGCUAUUGAAGUCGGUUUGAGCGAACACUGGAUUUUCUUCGAGACCCACAUAAGCCCUAUCGUCGAAUUCGAGAGGCAAUCUUGUCAACUAUUCCAGAACAUGCUUGAGUUUCAACUCAGAAUCGUGAUUUCUGGUGGCCAACUUGCGAAACCUGACGAUGCAGGUGGGCCACCUUCCGAGGACGACAACCUGGAGAUACCUGACAUCGACCAAUACUUGAGCUUCCCUGAUCUCCAUGCCAGACUACGCGCAACUCUAGAAGAUCCCGGAUGGACUGAAGUCACCAUUUUCGAAGCGAUCAGAGCCCUUCGUCCGGCCAAGAGGGUUUAUUCUCCCACUGACCAGAAAAACCUUCGACGUCUGCACUGUUUGCUUGGAAUUGAUCCUCGCAAAGUCAAAGACCAAAUCGAAACCAUCGGCGGCGGUCUCCUAAAGGACUCACACCGUUGGCUCCUGAACCAUGGAGACUUCCACCAGUUUCAGAAUGACCCACAAACUCGCUCCCUUUGCAUCAGCGGUCCCCCUGGUGUAGGCAAGACGAUGCUGCUUUGCGGCCUAAUCGAUGAGCUCUCAGCGAAGCCAACAGCCCUUUCUUACUUCUUUUGCCGGAUUUAUGAUCCCCAACUCAACAGCGGAGUGGCUGUUUUGCGUGGUCUUCUAUAUUUGCUAGCCUGCGAGAGACCAUCGCUGAUCUCUUCGUACGGCCUUUUGGAAGAGCGAUUGGUUGAUAAUUUUUCUGUUUGGAGUCCUCUUUCUGAACUCAUCUCAUCCAUACUGGAGGAUCCCUCCCUAGAAGGUGCGGUUCUAGUUGUUGAUGCGCUCGAUGAGUGUCUCGCCGAUCAGGAUUCGCUCAUUGAGUUUACUAUGAUGCCAUCGCGUGUCAAGUGGAUUAUAUCGAGCCGGAACCUGCCGCACAUCAGACAUGGCUUGAAUGAUCCGAGACAGGUCACCGUGCAACUUGGGGCACAUCGAGAUGCGAUGUCUAAUGUUGUUGAAACCUACGUUCAGCACAAACUGGACAAUUUGGCAAGAGAAAAGAACCUCGACCAGGAAACCAGUGGCAUCGCCCAUCGUCUUCUUGUUUCAAAAGCUCAGGGAAGUUUUCUAUAUAUAGAUCUCUUCAUUCAUUCCCUCCUUCGGAUCCAGCCAGAUCAUAUGAUCGAGCUGUUAAGCUCAUCACCAUCGUCACUUUCCGACUUGUACAUGAGGUUCCUCAACAGUAUUCUGAAUUCGUCUGAGUCAUCCCUUUGCAAGAGAAUCCUGGCAAUCGCUGCUGUCGUUUUUCGUCCAGUUACCUUGAAGGAAUUAAGGAACCUCGACUUUGAGCUGCAAGGCGUCAAUGAGGGGCUUUUGGAAGAACUCAUCUCGACCUGCGGCUCCUUUUUGACUCUCCAGGAAAGCACAAUAUGCUUUGUACAUCUUUCAGCCAAGGAUUUCUUGCUGUCAGAUGCCUCUCGUCUCAUCAUGCCUUUAGGGCUUGCCGAUCAACAUUCCCGUGUCUUCUUUGCGUCAAUAAAAUGCCUCGGCAACACGCUCCAAAAGAAUAUUUGCAGUCUCCGGAACCCGGGAGUACAUAUAAAUCAGGUCCCACGGCUUGCUCCCGACCCCUUUCUUGCAGUUCGAUAUUCUUGCACCAACUGGGCUGGUCAUCUAGAGGAUGCCGGCGACGUAGAGUCGCCUUUCCAUCAGAACCUUUGGGAUAGUGGUGGUGCCUUACAUAUCUUUCUCAAAGCACACCUCUUACAUUGGUUUGAGGCUUUAAGCCUAUUACAUGGCAUUUCAGAAUCCCUUGCAGCCUUUCAGCGUCUACUAGAGCUCGCCCCAAUCUUCAAGUCAGCAGAGGUGUUCCUUCUGAUUGAUGAUGCUUACAGAUUUCUUCUUUGCCACAAGGAGACGAUAACUCAUUUCCCGUUACAGGUCUAUGCUUCAGCGCUCGUGUUCAGUCCUGAUCAGAGCAUGGUUAAGCAACUCUUCCAUCACCAAACUUCUACUUGGAUGGCAUCCUUACCGAGAAUUGGAGGAAACUGGGAUUCCCAAGCAGUCGAGGCUCAUGAUACCCGGUUGCUCUCAAUGGCAUGGUCGUGGGACACCCAGCGAGUUGUCUCCGGCUCACGCGAUGGUACAAUCACCAUGUGGGAUACCGCUGCAGAUGUUUGCGUGGGAAAUAUCAGGAACCAUGGCACCAGGGUGAACUUGGUUUCUUUCUCUACCAAUGGCCGACGUUUCGCAUCGGCCUCCUCGGAUGGCCUGAUCAAGAUUUGGGACGCCGAUACCUGUGAGUGCCGAAUGGGGCUCUUUGGAAAUGCCGGCACAGCAAACCAGGUUGUGUUUUCGGCGGAUGGGACACUUAUCGCCGGAGCCUUUUCAAAUGGACUGGUUAAGAUCUGGCGCGGCGGGGACACCACUAGCGUACAGGUCCUUGACGGGCGUUGCGGGUCAACGGAAGCAGUUGCGUUCUCGACUGAUGGCCAGAUACUUGCAUCAGGUUCGAUUGAGGGGCGUAUUCUUCUCUGGGACGUGGCUACGGGCCAGAUCAUGCAGGACCUCGAAGCUCAUGGCCACUCGGCGGUCUCGAUGUCCUUCUCAGGAGAUGGCCAGGAACUCGCAUCAAGUUUCAUCAACGGGACGCUUAGGGUAUGGGCCACUGCCACGGGUUCGCAACUCCAAGUGGUUGAAGUCGGGAGGGUAAUGCGUUACCUUUCGUUUGACCCGAAGGCCAGGCACUGUCUCUCUACGGACAUAGGUCGUCUCGAGAUAUCUUCCUCAGGGGAAGCCAACUUUCCGGGCUACAGUCUCAGUGCUGACAAUUGUUGGAUUUUGAAAGAUGGGAAGCGUGUACUCUUGAUACCUUUGAAGUACCGCUCGAGCUUACCAGGCGGACCAGUGGUGAGGGGAUCAAUGGUUGGCCUUGUCAGUGACUCUGGCGAUAUUCUAACGAUGCGUUUCGCAUGA